GGCCACGAACGACAUAGACCUCCGACUCUGCACCUCCAGCAGCGCGCCGAAGAUCCUUCUCCUGGAGCUCCUCCCCUUCGAGCCGCCCCAAUGAACCGUCAUCGUCUCUCCCUUUUCAACCUUUCGUCUGAUCUCCCCACCCUCUGGCAAUCUGUUAUCGAUCCCGCCCUCUCUUUCCGAAUCCGGGAGCUUAGCAUACCGAUCUUGGACAAAGACAAGUGGACCAAGUGGGGGGAUGCCUACGUGGAGCUCAACUUCUGUUUGGUGUAUGUGGUGCUUCAUUGGGCGGAGCCGGCACGAGAAGUUGAAGGGGGUGAGGUCCCAGAUGACGAGGUAGAGUUGUUGAUCGUGCAGGCUUGGCGGACGGGUACGGAGGGAGAACUGUUGGGGAUACUAUUCGGCAAGGUGGAGGACGAUCAUUUGGAUGCAAUCACCGACGAGUUGUUGGUGUUCUUGGCGCAGCUGGUGGAUGAUUUGCCCCUCGAUAUUCUGUCGAGGUAUGACGAGAAGCCAAGGACAGACGUACUCACUCGCACGCUUGCGCCCCAUCUGCUGUGGUCCACGUGUACGGAGAUGGACGGAGAUAACUGCUUUUACCCGUCCCCGAGCCUCUAUCUCGAGAUUGAUGUCACCGAUCUCACAUUGUGGGACCCCUUCAUCCGGCGAGGGAACGCAAUAGACGCCAGCUACGAAGUAGAAGACGAAGGAGAAGAGUCAGAGGAAGAAGAAUAGGGCACUAAUCAGGAUGAUCCCGACUACCUUGGGCCAGAGGAAGAGGAAAGCGGAUCGGAGGAAAGCGGAUCGG